AUGAGGAAGGCUUCAGAAUCCAUACAGUUCACCAAGCAGCCGUACAUUGAAGAUGUUGGCCCUCGAAGAAUAGAGAGCAUUAAGUUUUCCAUGUUCUCUGAGACCGAAAUUCUAAAAGCUGCUGAAGUGCAAGUGUUCCGUGGUGUCUACUAUGAUCCCAGCAAAAAGCCCAUCGAUCACGGCUUAUUAGACCCUCGCAUGGGCCCUCCAAACAAGAAUGGAUUUUGUAAAACUUGUCAUGGUAACUUUCGAGAAUGUCCAGGGCACAGUGGAUACUUGACUCUCGCUCUCCCUGUUUAUAACGUUGGAUAUUUAAGUACUAUAGUCGAGAUCUUGAAGUGCAUUUGCAAGAAAUGUUCCCGAGUACUUCUCGAGGAGAAAGAUCGUCGAGACUUUCUGAAGAAGAUGAGAAAUCCAAAACUUGAGCCUUUAUGGAAGAAGGAGCUACAGAAAAGAGUAAUAAAAAAGUGUAAUGCGAUGACAGGAAGUAAGAAGGCAGUAAGAUGUUCCAGAUGCGGAUACAUAAAUGGUGUGGUUAAAAAGGCACUUCUUGGAGUCCAGCAUGAUCGUGCAAAAGUUGUUGACAAUUACUUGGAAAAAUGCAGCUCAGCUCUUUCUCACAAAAAGGAGUUUAAAGGAAAAAUGAAUAUGCCUUCUGUGCUAGAUGCCAAAGUAGUUCAUUCUCUUUUUAGGAAUAUGUUGGAAGAGGAUUGUGACUUGCUUUAUCUUCAUGAUAGACCAGAGAAACUCAUCGUGACAAAUAUUCUUGUGCCUCCAAGUGCUAUCCGCCCUUCUGUUUUUGUGGAUGGUGGAACACAGAGCAAUGAGAACGACACUACAGAGAGGUUAAAGCGAAUCAUUCAGGCAAAUGCUAGUCUUCGCCAGGAAAUAUCAGAGUCAAACCUUCAUAGCAAAAGCUUGACUAGUUUGGUCGAUCUUCAAAUGGAGUAUGCACAGUAUAUAAACAGUGAUGUCCGUGGUAUUCCGUCGCACUUGCCCGCUGCCAAGCCAUUGACUGGCUUUGUUCAGAAACUCAAAGGGAAAGCAGGGCGUUUUCGUGGGAAUCUGUCGGGGAAGCGUGUAGAGUAUACUGGAAGGACUGUUAUAUCUCCUGAUCCAAACCUGAAAAUUACCGAGGUUGCUAUUCCAAUCCUAAUGGCGCGAAUUUUAACUUAUCCUGAGCGUGUUUCACAUCAUAAUAUAGAGAAGUUGAGGCAGCGUGUACGUAAUGGGCCAAAUAAAUACCCUGGAGCAAAGUUUAUAAGGCACCCUGAUGGUACCGAGAUAUCUCUAAUGUUCUCAUCCAGAAAGCGUCACGCGGAUGAACUUAAAUAUGGCUAUAUUGUUGAUCGUCAUCUGGAAGAUGGAGACGCUGUUCUGUUUAAUAGACAACCAAGUUUGCAUCGUAUGUCAAUCAUGUGCCAUCGGGCAAGGAUAAUGCCUUGGCGAACUCUGAGAUUUAAUGAGUCAGUUUGCAAUCCAUACAAUGCAGAUUUUGAUGGUGAUGAGAUGAAUAUGCAUGUUCCCCAAACUGAAGAGGCUCGUGCAGAGGCUAUUAUGCUAAUGGGGGUGCAGAACAAUUUAUGCACUCCAAAGAAUGGUGAAAUCUUGGUAGCUUCAACACAGGAUUUCCUAACAUCCUCCUUUCUCAUAACAAGAAAAGACACCUUCUAUGAUCGUGCUUCUUUUUCACUUAUGUGUUCCUAUAUGGGGGAUGCUAUGGACCCAAUUGAUCUGCCAACACCAACGUUAAUUAAGCCAGUAGAACUCUGGACUGGUAAACAAUUGUUUAGUGUAUUACUGCGGCCACAUGCGAAAAUGAGAGUCUACGUAAAUCUUACUGUUGCAGAAAAAACUUAUAGCAAGCCUAAAGGUGAAAAGGAGAAGCCUAAGGAAACGAUGUGUCCAAAUGAUGGGUUCGUUUAUAUUCGUAAUAGUGAACUGAUUAGUGGACAACUUGGGAAAGCUACUUUAGGGAAUGGAAACAAGGAUGGCCUUUUCUCGGUUCUUCUCAGGGAUUAUAAUUCACAUGCCGCUGCAGUGUGUAUGAAUCGAUUGGCGAAGUUAAGUGCUCGAUGGAUAGGAAAUCAUGGGUUUUCCAUUGGAAUCGAUGAUGUCCAACCUGGCAAUGAACUGAAUGAAAAGAAGAAAAAUACAAUUUCUCAAGAGUAUAAGAGGUGUGAUGAGUUCAUACACGAAUAUGAGCACGGACGGCUUAAGUUGAAAACUGGAUGUGAUGCUGCUCAAACCCUUGAAGCUCAAAUAACCUCUGUAUUAAACAAAAUUCGAGAAGAAACUGGGAAUGUUUGUAUGCAACAUCUAAAUUGGAGAAAUAGCCCGCUGAUCAUGUCACAAUGUGGUUCCAAAGGAUCUCCUAUCAAUAUCUGCCAGAUGAUUGCAUGUGUUGGUCAGCAAAUUGUUGGAGGUCGUAGAGCUCCUAAUGGAUUCAUAGAUCGAACUCUUCCUCAUUUUGCAAAAAAGGCAGUGGACCCAAAUGCUAAAGGAUUUGUUCAGAAUUCAUUUUAUACUGGUUUAACUGCAACUGAAUUCUUUUUCCAUACAAUGGGAGGAAGAGAAGGCCUUGUAGAUACAGCGGUUAAAACUGCUGACACGGGGUAUAUGUCUCGUAGACUUAUGAAAGCUUUGGAGGAUUUGUCUAUUCAUUAUGACAGUACAGUACGAAAUGCCAGUGCAAAUAUUGUUCAGUUUGUGUAUGGUGAUGAUGGUAUGGAUCCUUCUCAGAUGGAAGAGAAAACUGGAUGCCCCCUAAAUUUCGAAAGAUUAUUUAUGAAAGUCAAGGCAACAUGUCCCGCAUUGGAACAAAACAGCUUAUCUGCUUCAGAACUCUGCCAAUUGAUUAAUAUUUCAGAGCAUGAUAUGACUCCUGAAGAGGGGUGGUCAAAUGCGUUAACGAAGUUCAUUGAAGAAAGUCAGGGGUGCUCAAAUGCCUUUGCUACUUCAUUAUCAAAAUUCAUUACGAGCAAAUACGAAGACAUGGAGAACACAAUUCAAGCCCUAAAACUUGAUGGAGGACAACAUGGAAGCGAACAACUUGGACAUCUUGAAAAUGUUGCUUCAAAUAUAUCUGGAAUUACUUCCCAGCAGCUCCGGGCUUUCUUGAAAACAUGCAUCACCCGUUAUCAUUCAAAGAAAAUAGAAUCUGGAAGUGCAAUAGGUGCAAUUGGAGCUCAGAGUAUCGGAGAGCCAGGGACACAGAUGACAUUAAAAACUUUCCACUUCGCUGGAGUUGCUAGCAUGAAUGUUACGCUUGGAGUUCCUCGGAUAAAAGAAAUAAUAAAUGCUGCAAAAAGAAUUAGUACCCCAAUUAUCACUGCAGUACUUGAGUGUGAUGAUAAUGUUGUACUUGCAAAAAUGGUGAAAGGUCGUGUUGAGAAAACACUUUUGGGGCAGAUAGCCAAGAGUGUAAAGGCGGUUCAAGAAUCAUUGAAGGCGAAAAUAGUUAUUACACUUGACAUGAAAACAAUACAGGACUCACAACUUGCCAUUGAUGCUCGUACAGUAAAAGAAUCAAUUCUGCAAACCCCUAAAUUGAAACUGAAGGACAAGGAUGUGAAUGUUUUAGAUGAAAGGAAACUGCAAGUCUUUCUGGAUAGUGAUAGAAGUAAAAUUCAGUUCGAACUCCAGAGUCUCAGAAAUAAGCUCUCAAAAGUUGUUGUAAAGGGAAUCAAUUCAGUUGAACGUGCCAUAAUUAACAGAUACACCGAUAAGGAAGAUGGGAAGGAAAAGCACAACUUGCUCGUAGAAGGAACGGGUCUCCUAGCUGUCAUGGGCAUUCAAGGAGUUGUGGGGCAGAAAACAAAAUGUAAUCAUGUAAUAGAAGUACAACAGACACUUGGAAUUGAAGCUGCAAGAAAGGUUAUAAUUGAUGAGAUUCAGUAUACCAUGUCAAGCCAUGGAAUGACCAUCGACAUACGUCAUAUGAAGCUAUUGGCAGAUUUAAUGACAUUCAAGGGUGAAGUCUUGGGAAUUACAAGGCAUGGCGUGCAGAAAAUGAGAGAUAGUGUGUUGAUGUUGGCUUCAUUUGAGAAGACUGCGGAUCACCUUUUCAAUGCUUCUGUACACGGGAGAGAGGAUAAGAUUGAAGGAGUAAGUGAAUGCAUCAUUAUGGGCAUACCAAUGCAAAUAGGCACGGGGAUGUUUAAACUCAGGCAAAGUAUGAAGCAGCCUGUUGAGCUGAUAUACGGUGCAAAUCCAGUUAUACAUUGA